GCCCUCGGAGCGUCCGGGUCUGAGGCCUCUUCCUACAAUUGUUCCCGGUCGCUUUGGGCCCCGCGCAGAAGUAGCGGUGCGAGGGCGCUGCUCAGAGCCCGUUUUUUGUGAGCUGCCGCCCCUGAAAGCCGGCACGCUGCGAUCCGUGCGUGCCACGGGAGGAAAAAGUUGUUUCGUUUGUUCUUUUUUCCUGCAGUCCCUCAGUGAUGUGCUGCUCGCAUUAAAACUAGGAGAUAUUCAGGGUGAAGCAGGGGCUGUAGAAGGAAGACCUGGUGGCUCGCAAUCAUGCCGUUCCCCUUUGGCAAAUCCCACAAGUCUCCUGCAGACAUAGUGAAGAACCUGAAGGAAAGUAUGGCAGUUCUAGAAAAGCAGGAUAUAUCUGACAAGAAGGCAGAAAAGGCCACUGAGGAGGUCUCAAAAAACCUUGUUGCCAUGAAAGAAAUCUUGUAUGGCACAAAUGAAAAAGAACCACAGACAGAAGCUGUGGCACAGCUUGCUCAGGAGCUGUACAACAGUGGUCUCCUUAGUACCCUUGUAGCUGACUUGCAGCUAAUUGAUUUUGAGGUAAGAAAAUUGAUAUUUCAUGUAUUGUAUAUUUUAAAAUGAACGCAUCUGAAUUCC